GCAACACUCAAGACAGACAACAACAAAAGACAAAGAGGAAGAGCACCCUCUGACAUAAAACAAACCCACAAAUUUAAGAAAGGGGAGCAAGCAAACUUAGUUUGUUGGUUGUGUGCUGUAUCGGUACGGUUGCAGGAUGUCGUCUGCAUCUGCAUCUAUUACAUCUCCUUAUAGUGACUACCAACUUGAGGAUGCCAAGUACAUUCCCUUGGUGGUGAUUGGGUGUAUGGGGAGUUUUCUGUCCGUGUUUGGAAGCUGUGGCGUCAUGUACAUGUCUUGGCAAGACAAGGACUUUUCCAAGGACCUUCAGAGUCGGUUGCUGUUUGCCUUGAGUUUGUGUGAAGCUCUGUUUUCUCUGUCGACUUUUUGGAGUCCCUUUUUGACUCCUGCUUUUGUGGGAAUGCCAGGAUCCAUUGGCACUUUCAGUAGUUGUUCCUUUAUUGGAUUUGCGUUCAUGACUGGCAAUCUCAUGACGGCUUGCUACAGUGGCUCACUCAGUCUCUACUACUACUUGGUCGUACGACGCAACUGGAAAGACCAUGACUUUGCCUCGUGGCGUUGGGAACCAAUUCUACACGCAGUGGCGAUUCUUCUUCCCCUUUUGAUCACCACGGUGGCGGCUAGCACCCAAUCCAUCAAUCCCAUUGGCUUGCAAAGUCAACUGUGCCUCCUCAUGGUCUGGCCUUGGCAAUGUGAAGAAACUGAUACCAUCCCAUGCACUCGAUCCUCUCCCGAAAUCGUGGGACUCCUCACGCUGGCCAUGUUUGCCUAUCAAGGAUUCUUUACCAUUCUGGGAUUGAUCUGUACCGUGCUCGUAUGGAAAACUGUCCGACAGACUCUUCGCCGAAGUGUUCAUCGAACCAUGGAUAGUCAACAAACUCAAGCCAGAAUGAGACAAGUCAGAAUACAAGCUACCCUCUACUCACUCGCACAUCUCAAUACAUUUCUAUGGCCGUUAAUGUGCAUGAUCUUGAGCGCAUCUUUACAUCCAGCAGACGUCAAGGUGGCGAUCCAGACACCGGGAUUCUAUACCCUCGUCUUUUUGACGUGGACAUUGUUCCCAUUACAAGGAGUCUUUAAUUUUUUCAUUUACACGCGAGUCAAGGCACGAGAAUGGAGAAUGCUACAACCAGAGCAAUCCAGUUUCUGGGUAUACCGGCAAGUUUUGAAUGGAACCGAAUUGCCACGAGGAGGAGGACGACGAAGCAGCAGCAACACUAGUCGAAACAACAAACGCAGUGUCAGUCGGCUAUGUGGUUCCACCGAACCCAUUUCCGCACCCUGGUCCACAUCAGAGCACGCGAUGAUGCGCUCCAACAAUAACCCACAACAGCACAAUAAUAAGAGUGAACACCAUGAUUUGUCCGAAUGCAACCAAUCCACGACGACAACAACACCGAUUCCAGUAUUGGAUGCCUCUGUGAAAAUGGAAGAACAAUCGUCCGUAGAUAGCACGGAACACGUGGUACUCUCCAACAGUGAACCCAAUCCACAGAAGUGACCCGGAAUUUGGAUCAGGAACCCACCCAAGCACGACGACAACAUUGGCACAACAAUCGGACUGUUCAUGACAGAGCAAGUCGUUCUCUGCUAGCCAAAGAGGAACCAACAUGAUGCCAAGUUCUUUUAUGAUUAAAUUUGGCAGGAGAAGCAGCAAACCAACUUUUGCGAUUGAUUAUUCUCGUCGUCGUCUGCUGACCAAUCCAACAGUGGUGUUGUACGAUGCAUGAUCGAUGCAAAUCUACAAGCCCGACGAGAUUCAAGUAACAAUCAGCAUUGAGAGAUGGCUGCAUCGAUGCAUUUAUUAUUGUAAAUGAGAUCCUCUACGUACGGUUUCGGCUAUAAUAGCCCGUUUCGUGGCGUCGUGGAGUUCCAUUGGGAAUUUGUUUUGGUCAGAACAACCAAGCUAUCUCUCGUCAUAAACGAAACAAUGGUUGGAACGCGUACUCGGCGGCGCUACCUCGUCUAUUUCUCACUUUCCAUCACCCGACGAACUGACAGUCCUACGGUAAAGAUCAAAGAAGCAGCAGGGGAGUACAUCAUUGACGGGCUUGAAGAAUUUCCUCCAGAGGGGAAAACCGUUUCCAUUUGAGCAAGAUCAAUACUACCGUAGCUGCGGUGAGAAAGCAUGUCUCGGAGGCAAUGGCAAUGCCACCGGAAGGCUUUCGAUCCCAGGACUCUUACAAUGUGGAACAAGAAAAGGUCUUUGCCAAAACAUAGCAGGUUGUCGCCUUCACCGAUUAGCUGCGGGAAGUGGGAGAUGUCGUGUCCGCCAAUGCGGGUGGCCAGCCCAUCGUACUCACAAAGGCAAUAGAUGGAGAGAUCCGUGCCUUUUUCAAAAACUGCCGACAUCGUGGUGCGCGUGUGGUAAAGGAGGAACACGAAUGAAGAAGAAAUGCAUUGCUUGUGCUUAGUAAGAACUGCUGUGUCGAUCGAUAAACCAAGGAUCGAGGGAACCAAGCACGCUGCGUCGGGGUGGUUCCAUCUUUACUUCCCGAACUUGUUCUUCUUUCUCUUGCCCCACAGUCUCUUUGUGGUCAAUAUCGAGCCCACGGGACCAGCUACCUCCAUGGAGCACGUUCGACUGUUGAAGCACAAGGACAGCCCAGAGGAAACGGGCGAGGCAGCUGCAAUCGUCGGAAGACUUCUCCAUUUGGGAGGAAUGCCAAAAGGGUGCCAACGUAUACAGCGAUUCAUGGGAGGAUUUUGGCGUGGACAUUGGAAGAGAGCUUCAAUCGCUUCCACAAACUGGCGGGCAACUGUAUGGUGGGCCCUCACGAUAUCGACUCUUCUUGCUUAAGCCUGCCCCUCCCUACCGGUGGCUUCCGUAGAUAAUCCACCUACUAGUACUCUGGUAGUCUACCGGCUUCGCGGAUAUCCUGAUAGAAACUUGCUGCCGA